ACUGCAGCACAUCUGUGUGGAAGCCGGGGGUCCCCCGCAGCCCCGCUCCUCCAGCAGGGUGGGACCUGCCGGCAGCGGGGAUGCUGACUGUGCACGUGGGGCACAGAUCCCGAGCGGGGCGACCUCGCUCCACUUCGCCAAACGAGCACGCGCCAAAGGAAGCUGGCAAACCCACGGCAAGCCAAAACUGACCUCAGCUCCACCACGGUGCUUGCAGCCAGCAUUUGCAAGUAGCAAACCUUCCUGUUGUAGUCUCCAAAUGAAGUAAUGCUAAGUGGACAAUACUGUAAAGAGCCUCAUGAGAGUCCGCAUAUUAACUGCAACGUGCCCCAAACAUUUGAUGCUGUGCUGAGAGGGACGAGUGUCUGUGUGACUGACACAGUUCAAGACUGCAGGAAGCACUGCAUGUGCAUCCCCAAGGACACUUUUUCUGCGUACCUCUCGUCGCAAUCUGGUGCACUCUGAAAGGAAAAAGAAAAACCAAAUCCAUAUUCUUCGGGAACGCUGUGGAGUGUCAGCAAUAAGUCAUCUUUGGCAGGAAUAUGUUAACAGCAUCCAGAGAGGAGACAACUUCAUCUGAGCAGAGAAACCAUUGCAGCUGACUUUGGUACAACUCCAGCAAGUCUGAAAUGUUCAUACAGGCUCCACUCCAGCUCUCCUCAGAUCCUUCCUGAUCCCAUCUUGGGCAAGACAUCCAAGUUACACUUUUCUGUACAACUGGUUUGUAAUGCUUGUUUGACUUUCCAUGGUGUUUUGCAAUGUUAAGGGCUUGGACACGUACAUGCUUUCAAAUGUCAGCGGCAUCCCCGCUGCCAGAAGCCCCACCUGCAGAUACGCUGGGCCGCUCCUGGGAGCCGAUCGCACCAUGCUCAGGCCCGGGAUCCAUUCCGGGGCCCCUCAUGCCCUGGCAUGGGAACACACCAUGCCACGCCACGCCACGCCACGUAGGUCUCGGAGCCAACGCACCGUUUGCACGAAGCCAUCACACACGUGUGCCGGCCCUGCAGCCCCGCGCCGGCCAAAGGGCAAGUGGGCGUGCGGCCGGAGGCUGCGGGCGAAGGUGAGCCGGGGUUAGGAGCGACACACCUGCAAAAGCAGCCAAUGCGGGGCUCUGGGACCACGUCCCAGGACAAACAGCAGCGCUGGCCCGGAGGAGGAACAUCUCGCACCUACCUGACAAAUGGGAGCAGGAGGAGGGAGGUGGUCCUGCUGCUGUCUGGGGUGUUGCACAAAGCGGGGAGAGAGUAUUUAACACCCUGCAGAGCCGCCUCAGAUCUCUUCCUAGCUCCAAUAGCUCGCAGCUGAAGAAAUAGCACGGUGUUUUCCUUGCCUUUUCUGCAGGGUAUCGCUUUCAGCUGACUCUGGCAGAGCCGUCAUGACUGAAACAACAGGUUACUCUGGCAGUGGGCUCGUCCUCAUCAAAAACCCGCACCUGCACACGAUGGAGGAGGACAUUCUGUAUCACUUGGACUUGGGAACAAGGACGCACAACCUGCCUGCUAUGUUUGGGGACAUAAAGUUUGUCUGCGUUGGCGGCAGCCCGAACAGGAUGAAGGCGUUUGCCCAGUUCAUGCACAAGGAGCUGGGGCUCGAGGGCAGUGGGGAGGACCUGGCUGACAUCUGCGCAGGGACGGACCGCUACGCCAUGUACCGCACGGGGCCGGUGCUCUCCAUCAGCCACGGGAUGGGCAUCCCUUCCAUUUCCAUUAUGCUUCAUGAACUAAUCAAACUGCUGCACCACGCAAAAUGCCGAGACGUUACUAUUAUACGCAUCGGUACUUCUGGAGGCUUAGGGAUCGAGGCUGGCUCCGUUGUGAUCACGGACACGGCCGUGGACGCCUCCUUCCAGCCGCGGUUCGAGCAGGUGGUGCUGGGCGAUGUGGUGGUGCGGAGCACGGACCUGGACAGGGACCUCGCGGAGGAGCUCCUCGCCUGCAGCAAGGAGGUCCCCGACUUCCCCACGCUCAUUGGGCACACCAUGUGCACCUACGAUUUCUACGAAGGUCAGGGGAGAUUAGACGGAGCGUUGUGCUCUUUCUCCAGUGAAAAAAAGUUGGAAUACUUAAAAAGAGCUCACGAGGCUGGCGUGAGAAACAUUGAAAUGGAGUCCACGGCGUUCGCUGCCAUGUGCAGGCUGUGCGGUUUGAAAGCUGCUGUUGUCUGCGUGGCACUCGUGGACCGCCUGGAGGGGGACCAGAUCCGGGCACCCCGUGACGUGCUGCGGGAGUACCAGCAGCGGCCUCAGCGCCUGAUCGCCACCUUCAUCCGGAGACGCCUGGGGCUGCACCCACCCGCGGGACGCGCGCUCCCCUCCAGCGACUGAGGGCACCACCGACCGGCACGGCCCGUGAGCAACGGCUGGGCCCCGGUGCCGCCAGCGCCCGUAGCACACACCGGGGGCACACAGGACCAAGCCCCAGCACACACCGCAGGCGAGCAGACCUUUUCUGGGAAGCCAAAAGGAGGGACUCGGUCACAACGCGCUCCCCCAAGGCUGAGCAGGUGCUGCUGCCCACGAGCAGGGCGGCUGGGUUUCGCAAACGUCACAGUGCCAGAGCUGUGGGCCUCAAAUAGUUUGAACUGCACCAACAUCAUCGAGCACCCAAGGAGAGCAGCAGCCGAAAUUCACUCAGGAGAGGAGUGUGUCACCAAGCUGGCUCCUGCUCAAGGAACAUGCAGGGCUGUCCCGCGGGGGUGGCUCCUGCCCACCCUGCCCCUGGGCAGAGGAUGGCUUUGCUUCAGGCGCAUUGCCGAAAGCUACAUAAAUGGCAUAGCAAAAUUAAUUUGCACUUGUGAACAUUGCUGUUACACACUGCCGUUACGACAGGCGUUCAGACUCACAUUCAUGCAAUAUGGAACGGUGCUUGAACCUCGUGUGGCCCCAGAGCCCGGCAGGGCAGGGAGCACACGCCAACAUCUGCACCAACCUGGUGUCACCAGCUGCAGCCACUGGUCCUCCACGCCCUCUGCAAAGCAGCACACACUGAGGACACAGAUAACGAUCUCUAAGUAUCACCACGAGCUGUAAAAGACCAAAUUGCUCCUGGGCAGUGGGUAGAGGGGCUUUCACAGGGGUGUGUGUACAGCCUGGCCAACUUCCUACUGAAAUUGCUUCCAGUUUUGAAGGCUCACUUACAAGGUCGCUCGCAAAUUAAUUUUGACAGCUUCAGAACUAUAAGAUUUAACAGUUCUGAUAAAUAAAUUUUUUACAUAUUGAAAAACUUCCAGUUCAGGAGAUUCUUCCGAAAGCUCGGUUCUGCCCAACUCACCCCUUGGCACACUUAGUAACUCUACACUUAGCGUAGAGUUACUUGAUGUGUCAAAAAGGAAGAUGAUCUGAUUUCCGUGCCAGGCGAGGAGGUAUGUGGUAGCCAGCAGUAAAAUCUCUGUCUUGGUGUUUGCCUUAUUUGCACCAUGGACUCUGCUGAUAAUGCUGACAGGCCCUCCUUGAUCCUCAUCCUCAAUUUCUCAUUUGGGUAGCGAGGAAUUACUGUCUGCUUUGCAAGGCAUUGGUAGGUAUGCGAUCCAUUAACGUUUAUAAGGCAUCACAACAUUAUGCUAAUGAAGUUCUUUUUAACAUCUAGAUACUCAGAUAUGGAUGUUCUGAUAUUUAUUGUCCUUUUUGGUUAAGCUGCUAACUGUAACUUGUUUACAUACAGAAUAAAUUUCACAGUCAUCUUAUGUAAGGCUUGAAAAUGUAAUCAGUUACAAAAUUAAAUGACAUCAAUUUCCCGUUCAUUUAAUAGAAUCAUAUUCCAUAGUUUCAGCUGCAAAAUAAAGAUCUCAGAUCUGAAAUGGUAUUUCUAAUUUAUAAUUUAUUCUGAAAGAGUAAUCGUCAAUAUGAAAUUGCUUGCAUGAUUGGUUUGCAGUAAAUAUGAUGCAGCAAAUUGGUUUCUAAAUAUAGACGAAGGUUAAGUUUCUUCUUAUAGUAACCAAGGAAUAAUAGGAGCAUUCAUGAUAACGAAGAUUUUAUAAUUAAAAGAAUCAAGUUCUCAAGCAACCUGGAAUGAAUUAUGUAUCAUAAUUACUAUGUAUCAUAGUGUAAUCUAAAGUGACUGUGAAGCUAUUUUGGAUUUAUGCUGUCAUUACAAACCAGAAUUCCUACCUAAGAUGAUAUAUAUCAAAUUGGCCAGUAACGUCUGUGGGAGUUUUUCAUGUACAGGUGACCAACUUUCCAGUAGAGGGGGACAUGGAAAAUUCUGCAGCAUUAUUCUAUAGCAGCCUACACCCACCAGAUUUCCAUAAAACCUUCACCAAGGCAGGUGUAAAAUGGUGUACUGAGCACUGUAUAGGAAAGGCACAUUGUUUUUUUAAAUGAUUGUACACAGUGACAACAAAGUAGUUCCACUACGCAGUCUAUAGGAAAUUUAUUUAAAGUUUUUGCAUAAUGGCCCACACUACACCCCUGAAGCUUCUCUGUUCUUGAUACAUGAUGUGCUCUACCUUUUAAAAGCCGUAGAUUCCAUAUCUCUUCUUGGAAGUUUCAGUGGAGGAAUUUUUGGUAAAAUUUCUUUUGCGUAAAGUGUUUUAUGAAGUCCAGCUUCUCGAAGAGCUAACUCAACUCGAACUCUAGGGUCAGAAAUGAUCUGUUAAAACAAACCACAGCAAUGACGAAUUGAAACAAAACGGUACUUUCCUCAUUUGCACAGUGUAUCUUACAGGUUAUCUGUCGAUGUGUAUAUUCGAAAAGUUCUAAAAGGCAAUUACAACUAUUAUGCUCAUAAAAUAAAGCCUUUAAAAGCAGAGAAACUCUAUAAUGAAUAAGCGUUAUCUCACUGCACAUAUUUUGAUAUAAUCCUUUUUAAUAUCAAUGAAAACAACCCAUUUUAACAGAGUCCUGGUUUUCCAUUCCUCAUCAAAACUCUAAGGGCAGAUGAGAAAACUGAGUGACUUUUAAUUCAGCCUACUCACUGAAUAGAUUUUGACUUUUCUGAUGUUCCCCAUCGGCACAACCCUGCUUUCAGCACACAACUUCUCAUCUCUUCCUGUUUGCUUCUAUGGGAUCUGAGUGCUUCAAACGCAUUUAUUUUUUUUCACGGCACUGCCUUGUGACUACAUAUCAGUACCACUUUCAUUUACAUAACAACAACUAAGGCCCAGGGAAAUUAAUGUUAAAAUCUGUCAAAAGUUUAGCUGACAACAUUUGUAAGCCCCUUUCAAUUCUUCCUUACAUGGGCUGCGGCAGGGAGCACAAAAUGUACAAGAGUCGCGCCGCUUUCAGUUCCAGCUCCACCGGCGACAGUGCCCAGAGCUGCUGGGAAGACCGACACUGGGGAACGUCACUCACAGCUGCUGUUGCUCUGGGAUGGAGCACACUAACAUGCUUAGCAGGAAUAGGGACUGCAGUCUGGACAGUAUAUACGACUGGCUGAGAUUGAAACAGGCAGAAUAUUCUGAGAAUUCAAGUAUCAACCUCAAAUAUAUGUUUGGACAGCAUUUUCAAGCUAGGCUUUUCAAAACCUCACAACAUCAGUCAGACUGGGGUAAAUUUUCAUAGCCAAAC